GGCGGGGCUCCGAGGGGACGGCUCUGCGCUCCAGGCGGGGCUGCCCCGGCGCCGGGGGCGGUCCCUGCGGGGCGGGCGGGGUCGGCGGGCGCUCUGUGUGGCCGCGGCCAUGAAGCCGCAGCCGCCGGGCUAGGCCCGCGGCGGCUCGAGCCCAGGGCGGCCCGCUGAGGGCUGGGCCCGCUCGCCGGCUCCGGUUCCGGGCCGGAGGGUGGCCGCUCACCAUGCCCGGCAAGCACCAGCACUUCCAGGAACCCGAGGUCGGCUGCUGCGGGAAAUACUUCCUGUUUGGCUUCAACAUUGUCUUUUGGGUGCUGGGAGCCCUGUUCCUGGCCAUUGGCCUCUGGGCCUGGGGUGAGAAGGGAGUUCUCUCCAAUAUCUCAGCGCUGACAGAUCUGGGAGGUCUCGACCCAGUAUGGCUGUUUGUGGUGGUUGGAGGUGUCAUGUCUGUGCUGGGUUUUGCAGGCUGCAUUGGAGCCCUCAGGGAGAACACCUUCCUGCUCAAGUUUUUCUCUGUGUUCCUCGGCCUCAUCUUCUUCCUGGAGCUGGCAACAGGGAUCCUAGCCUUUGUCUUCAAGGACUGGAUUCGAGACCAGCUCAACCUCUUCAUCAACAACAACGUCAAGGCCUACCGGGAUGACAUUGACCUCCAGAACCUCAUUGACUUUGCUCAGGAAUAUUGGUCUUGCUGCGGAGCCCGAGGGCCCAACGACUGGAACCUCAAUAUAUAUUUCAACUGCACUGACUUGAACCCAAGCCGGGAGCGCUGCGGGGUCCCCUUCUCCUGCUGCGUCAGGGACCCUGCGGAGGAUGUCCUCAACACUCAGUGUGGCUACGAUGUCCGGCUCAAACUGGAGCUGGAGCAGCAGGGCUCCAUCCACACCAAAGGCUGUGUGGGCCAGUUUGAGAAGUGGCUGCAGGACAACCUGAUCAUUGUGGCUGGCGUCUUUGUGGGCAUCGCCCUCCUCCAGAUCUUUGGCAUCUGCCUCGCCCAGAACCUCGUGAGUGACAUCAAAGCAGUGAAGGCUAACUGGAUCAAACAUGAUGAUGGCUACAAACUACUCAGAUAAAACUUUGAAAACUACUGGCUUGUGCCCACCAACUUGGAGGUUCUGUCAGCUGUGGGACCUCAACAGAGCUCUCCAGUGAGGGCCUUUGGCCCAGACCCAACCUCUCUACAAGGUGUCUUUGGCCUGGGUAGUUUAUGCAUUUGAGACAACCUUUAAAAAUUGGUACAUUUCACAUAAAAGUCCAGAUUCCUUGCUUCUCUUGAAGAAUGACCAUUGGGCCACACCAGCUCUUCAGUGGCAGCAUUACCUGGGACAUAAAGCUUCCUUGGUCACUGAGGUCCCGCCUGGCCUAUUCUCACCUAAGUGCCCUGCCUCACCCCCAGUAGGCUGGGAGUUGGCUUCCCCUGCCUCUGGAUUAUUCCCUGCAAAUGUCACAAAAGCUGCUGUGGCCAAGACUCAAGCAAAGCACAGGGAUAUGAAGAACCGYGAUGCUGGACCCCAUCCCCAAGAGGGUCUACCUGGAAGGAGUCUGGCCCUGCUGGGGACUGAGGUGGGUGACAGAAUGCCCAGGGAAUGGCUGAGAGGUGGGAUGRGAGUCAAGAAGAUUUUGCAAAGGAAGCAACUGGAAGCCCAAAGUAUGGCCCCAUGGAGUUGAAAGGAACCUGUUUUGGGGUUGGUUCCUGGGCUUGGAAUCGGGUUUGAAAAUCUUCCCUGUUGCCUGCAGAGCUAUCUGGUGGCCACCAGAGGGCGCUCCAGCACAGCAUUCCGUGGGUCUGGCUUCUUCCUCUUGCAACCUCGCUCACCCCAAUGGAGCCAAGGGCCUACCCUGCUUACUAGUGCUUCCAGGCUUGCAUAUUUGAAAACCUCUAAAGAAGCAAACUAGCUCAGGCUUGGGAAGUCUGCCUCUUAUGUGAAGGGGUGUAUGUGGAAUGACUCUGCCGCACCCCUUCCUGGGCCACAGAUGAAGAGGAGGAGGUGGCAGGCUAGUACAGAGGUCUGGAUUUCAGAGGCCCUCAGGGCCUGGUGGGUUAUACAAGUGAGUGAAGAUGGUUUUAGAGUCUGAGGCCUGCUUCAGUCUGACUUGACCACCUGAAGACCAGACACAGAGACAUUGUACUUUGUGACAAGAGGAACAUUUGUGCAGUCCAGUUGAAAAUGGCAACUUGCCUUGGAGAACAGUAUGUCAUGGGGACUGUGGCAAAAUACAGGUCUUCAUCAUAAGGUGGUAGCUGCUAUUCAGUUGUGGCUGGCUCCUGCGAUAUGGGAGCCGGCAGAAAUACAGAGAAGCCACAAACCCAGAUUUUGAUGUGAGAUAGUCUGGAUUUUAAGUUGUUGGCAACUAGUUAAAAAAAUCAACUCUGUAAGCCAAACAAACAGCAUAGGGCCCAACUUUGAUCUCUGUGCCACCGUAGAUCCCUUGGGGGACAGUCCCCACUGGGGCCCUGGCUGCUUAGCCAUUCAGGUGUGCUGGGAGCUGCUGUCAUGCAGCAGGUGUGAGGCACACACCCAGCACUGUUGCUCACCGCGCAGUCUGGAUGGGGCCCCAGGGUUCCUGACAGGCAUUGACUGGUGGUUCUGCUCAUGCUACAAUAAAUGCAGCUCAAAAUA